AUGGAAUCCACCGUCAACAGCCCCUCCGGGAUGAAUAACAUUGUUGCUCGAGAUACACUGGAAGAUGGAUACGUCAUCAAAUUCAACGAAACCUGGUUCCCGUUCAUGGAUCCCGCAAUCAAUGAGACUGGAAAAGACGGACUCCCCGAGCCGACUACCGCAAUCAUCCGGCUGUUGAACCUUUUUACGACGACGAGUGAUGUAAAUGGUACUAUCCAAACUGUCCUCGCCCCGGUGGAGUCUGGCAAUAUUACAGCGGCGGAAAUACUUUUGGAAAAGCUGUUUGCGGUCUAUCUUACCGACAGCUUGGCUCGUACAGGCUCUCAGGUGGGACCAUAUCUCGUACUGAAAAAGAACGAUACCCACAUCGUCGGCAUCGACCUACUCUCGCAGCACGGCUACUUCGGCGGCGUCAACAUAAUCGACUCUUUCAACGCGACUAACUCUAGGUGGCAGAGACAAAACACGACAACUUAUCCGAAUGGAACGGUCGCGGAAAUUUCUGCAAACAUGUCCCCAGGGUACCUCAAGUUCGAUUUUGACGUCGAGCAAUAUGGGUAUGGCUCUGGGGAUCCACGCACAACUCUGCGCUUUGCAGUGGCCGUAAUGGCCAUCUAUCUAGCAACUCUGACAGUCUACGCCCUAGUUAUCGCCUGUGCUCACGUGUUCGAGCACUAUGAUAUUAAGUGGAAAGGACAACCAGUGCGAGUGUGGAGUGUGAAGCCCUGGGGUAAUUUAGAAGACUUGUCGGUUCUUGCGUUGAGAUCACAGCCACCGGCCGAUGAGAACCUGACGAGUUCUGGCCGAGACGCAAGGUCAGGCAAAGUAUGGGAAAGGGUUGUGAGAGUAAGAGCGGAUGAGCAACAAAAUCUGCAUCUUGUCGUGGACGAAUCCGUUCCUAUGCAACGGGUACACCUCGCAGGCAGCGGUCUGUACUACUGA